ACCUUAUCCACACUCCACCCACAAUCAUUUAUCCAAUUCAUCAUCUCUUCUUUCCACAUCACUAACUUAUCAAAUAUCCCCGAUCACAAAUCUAUCAUACUGAAUGAUUUUGUCAAAAAAUAAAAUUAAAACGCCAAUUAAGCUUCAUUUUCUGUGGUAAACAAUUAGUCCCAUUUGUCGCAAUGGCAGCCAUGAACUCCAGCGUUUUGGCAUGCAACUAUGCUAUCUCAGGCAGUGGGCUUAAUGCCAAGACCCCCUCAGUGCCUUCAGUUGCUUCCCCAGUUUUGCCUGGUGGUCACAAGUUGCCAAUGAUCAGUGCCCAACAACAGGGUAAAGUUUCAGGUUCCAAAGAAUCAAGUGGCAAUGAAGGAAGAAGAGCUGCUAUGCUGUAUUUGGCAGCUACCCUUUUCACCACAGCGGCUGCUUCUUCUGCAAAUGCUGGGGUCAUUGAUGAUUACCUUGAAAAGAGCAAAGCUAACAAGGGUGAGAAAACGCAGGAGUUGAAUGACAAGAAGAGGUUGGCCACAAGUGGAGCAAACUUUGCAAGAGCAUACACUGUUCAAUUUGGCACCUGCAAGUUCCCUGAGAACUUUACAGGAUGCCAGGAUCUUGCAAAACAAAAGAAAGUACCAUUCAUCUCUGAUGACUUGGCCUUGGAGUGUGAAGGGAAGGACAAAUACAAGUGCGGUUCCAAUGUUUUCUGGAAAUGGUGAAGACAUCCCAAUGUAAUUUUCUCAAUUUUCUCUGUAUUGUUGUGCUAUUUAGUGAAACACCCAGAGAAUGUUGUGGUAUUUGUUGUUAAACAGAAGUAUGGUGCUGAAUAAACUAGUGAAACACUUUCCAGAUGGAUCUUUCUUAA